AUGGCUGUCGACGGCGUUUCCCUACGGACGAUGUAUCGCCAGCUGUCAGACUCUGGGCCCUGUGUCAUGAUCGUGGAGGAUUCCAGCAACUGCAUUUUCGGGGCCUUCCUGAGCGAGGGCUUGAGGUCCGCCCUGCUUCGCCAGCACUUGUUCAGGUUGUCAAGCACCAUGUUCGGAGUGCGGUUGAAAGCACCGCUUAGCAGUCGAGCCUCGAGCUCAUGUGCUUCGCGAUCGAGCGCGGGCGCUCCGCGCUCACAGCCGCAGACGCCACUCCGACCUCUUCCUGCGGGCGCAGCGGCUUCCGCCCAGAGCUCCCGGCUGGGUCCCGUAGCCGCCGGGCUUUUGUCGGGCCUGUCAGUGGGAAAGCUCCGGAGGCACAACACUUUCAGACGGUCGACACAAGCGGCCGAGAGCCUAGAGCGCCUAAAUCAGCUUGCCAAAGAAUCAGAUCAGUCUUGGCUCGACCAGCUCUCACCUGAUCCAGAAACAGAGCUGCAUGUGCCCAACACGGACCCUCGCGAGGUCAAGUCCGGCCACUACGUGGAAGUGUGGCCGACACCCCUGCCAGACCCAAAGCUGGUCAUUUAUUCGCAGGAGGUUGCGCAGAUGUUAAGCAUCCCCGAGGACGAGGUUAAGUCUGGCUCCUUCACGGCCUUUUUCUCCGGACAGAGAACAGAGGUUCCUACUCUCAGGUCUUGGUGUACCCCGUAUGCUCUGGCCAUCAUGGGUCAGCGCAUGGUGUCGAACUGCCCCUUUGGCAACGGCAACGGGUAUGGUGAUGGCCGGGCCAUCUCUGUCGGGGAGCUUUUAGCUGAGAGCGGGCGCUGGGAGCUGCAACUGAAGGGCGCCGGGCGCACGCCCUUCUGCCGAGGAGGCGAUGGCCGCGCGGUGCUGCGCUCAUCCAUCCGCGAAUUCCUGGCGUCAGAAGCCAUGCAUCAUCUAGGAGUGGAAACCACGCGUGCGUUGUGCCUGGUGGUCUCUGGUUCAGAGACUGUCCGGCGCCCGUGGUAUGCCGAAGAUGGCAACCCCAUAGGAAACCUGUACGCCUCCCGAGAGCCCAACACGAUGGUGCAGGAGGCCUGCGCGAUCACCACAAGGGUUGCACCGAGCUUCCUGCGGGUUGGCCACGUCGACCUCUUCGCGCGGCGCGCGGCGGCCAGCCCCGAAGGGCCUGCCAUGACAGAGUUGGAGCAGAUCGUGGAGCACGCCCUCUUCCGGGAGUACCCCGAGAUCGCUCAACGCCCAGAGCCACUGCCCGACCGUGCGGUGGCCAUGCUGGAGGCCUUUGCAGACCGGCUUGCACUGCUGGUGUCUGGCUGGCUCCGCGUCGGCUUCUGUCAGGGGAACUUCAACUCUGACAACUGCCUGGUCGGUGGCCGAACCAUGGACUACGGGCCCUUCGGCUUCAUUGACCGCUAUGACCCGCUCUUUGCCAAGUGGACCGGCUCCGGGGAGCACUACGGCUUCCUGAACCAGCCCCAGGCUGCUAUGGCCAACUACCACACGCUUGUCACUUCCGUGGCCGUGCUUCUAAAGGAGCGGGCCCAGGAGGAGGCAGUGCGGCUCAUCGAGGCGGGCGCGCAGAAGAUUCGCGCAGCUGUCCAGGACGUCUUCGCCAAGAAGCUCGGCUUUGCUUCCAGCAAUGAUGCUACCGCAGAGCUUUGGAAGGAGCUCGAGCCGCUCCUGCGCAAGUCGAAGAUCGACUAUACCAUUUUCUGGCGUCAGCUGAUCCCGGUGUUGGACAACGAGGGCGAGCUCGGGCAUCUCGAUCGUGCAUUUUACGAGCCACCAUCUGAUGAGCUCAAGCAGGAGUGGGAGGUGUGGCUGAGGAAGUGGGCUUCGGCAGUCACUUCUGCAGAAGGGGAUGGUUCUGAUGGACGCCAACAAGUCAUAUCGAGACUUCGCGCGGAAAACCCAAAGUAUGUGCCUAGGGAGUGGAUGCUUGUGGAGGCCUACACCAAGGCUGCGGAGGGUGAUUACAGCGUCGUUCAGGAGCUGUACAACUUGUUCAAGCAACCCUACGACGAACAGCCUGCAUUCGAGCAGCAAUAUUACAGCCGUGGCCCGGAUAAUGUGGUCAGCAGAGGAGGGGUCGCGUACAUGACCUGA